AUGAGCUCCAUUCAAUUUGGGGUACAACCCGUAAAGAAGAAAGAACAGAACUGUUGAACUGGUAAGGAAAUUCAUAGAAGCUCAAGAACAAAAACCCUCCUUAAACCCUAACGCGAAGAAAAUCGAUAUGAAUCAAUCUCUUGCAAGAAGUGUUUAUCUCUGUUCCCGCAGUUUGUUAAUGCCGAAUCCUUACCCUGCUACCUCUUCAUUUUGGCCCAGCUAUAGACGUUUCACAUCCAAAAGCUCAAAUCAACCUCCUGCUGAUGCCCCUGAUAGCAACAACAAUAACCUUCAAGACGAAGACGAUAUCAGCAAUAAAGCGCUGAAAAAGCAGAUAGAUAAGUUUUUUGAAGGAGAUGAAGAAGCAUUCCCAUCAAUAUUUGAAGCCAUAUUGAAAAGAAAAUUGGCUGGAAAAAGUGAAGAAUCUGAUAAGGAAUUGAUGAAUGAACUUCAGGCUCAACCUCGUCGACAGAAUGAUGCUGCCAAUAGAGAGUCUGACUCCACCAUGAGACGAGCUCUUUCUCUGUGCUCCCGCAAUUUCCAUUUCUCUCAAAACUUCAAAUCAAAUCCGAAUUAUUUCAACAGCAGCAGCAGUAGCAGUAAAAUCAUUCAUCGCCCAGUUGUUCCUUCAAAGAUUAGAUUCUUCUCUUCAUCAGAAAAUGAUUCUUCAUCGAAUCAGAACACCCCUGAAACAAGCCCUCACCCGGAGACUAGCUUGAAUGAAUCCACCGAAAAAGAGGUCUCUCUCAAUGUUGAAGAGGUCUCCCUCAAUGUUGAAGAUGUCAACAAUAAAGAGUUGAAGCUGCGGAUUGAGGAGUAUUUCAACAAAGGCAACGAGGAGGCGCUUCCGUCAAUUCUUGAAGCAAUUUUAAAGAGGAAAUUGACGGGAAAGCAUGAACAUACAGAUGAUGAGUUGUUGGAGGAGAUGCAAAUGAAACCCCUGGAUGGUGUAAAUGAUGAAGAGUUUGAAUCAGAUUUCGAGGAAGGUCACAGCACUGAUGAAGAUAUUGAGGAUUUGUAUGAUGCAACGGAUAUUGUGAAAAGGAAAAUGGUGACUGAUAAGUUCUUCAACAUGGAUGACAGAAAGUGGGAUGAUAUGAUAAAAGAGGCUACUGAGCAUGGGCAUCUUAAGGAUACAAGAGAGUGUGAGGAAAUUUUACAGGAGAUGCUUAGCUGGGAUAAAAUUUUACCUGAUGAAAUUAAGAAGAAGGUGGAAGUUAAGUUUGAUGAGAUAGGUGAAAGGGUUGAGAAAGGUGAGAUUACCCCUGAAGAAGGCUAUGCGUUGUUCAAGGAGUUUGAGGAUGGGGUGGUCGUGGAGUGCGCAAAACUGAUGGAGAAGGAUGCUCCACAGUUUGAUGGGACUACUUUGCCAGAUGACAAAAAGGAUUUGGAUGAUCCACCAGGUGAAGGGCCAGUUCUUAGAUGGCUAACAAGGGUGGUCUUUGCUCCUGGGGGUGAUGCAUGGCAUCCAAAAAACAGGAAAGUCAAAUUGGCUGUUACAGUGAAAGAGCUGGGUAUGUCAAAGCAUCAAUUUCGUCGCUUAAGAGAAUUGGUCGGAAAACGGUACCAUCCUGGGAGAGACGAGCUAACCAUCACUAGUGAAAGAUUUGAACACCGCGAGGAGAAUAGGAAGGACUGCUUGAGGACUCUAUUUGCUCUCAUUGAAGAGGCUGGAAAGGCUAACAAAAUUGUAGAGGAUGUUCGAACCUCGUAUGUGAAGCAGAGGCUCAAAGCAAAUCCUGCAUUCAUGGAAAGGCUGCAUGCAAAAACCAUGAAAUUGAAAGAAUCUAGUUCACUGCAUGCAUGACAAUAAGCUGUUUGCAGCUGGCAUUUUCUUGUAGAAGAUAAACGCAAGGUUAUUGAUGUGCCUUCUCAUUGACAUUUCAAAACAUUUUUCAACAUUCACAAUUAGUACAGGUUUGCAAGGGGGCAUUCUUACAUGGUCUGGUGCAAAAGAGUUGCCACUUACUUUUGGUGGCACUGCUAUGUAUCUUGUUCUCAAAGCAUAUGAAGAAGAUUAGGAUGACAAGGGUCAAAGACAACGGGAAACCAUGUCAAGAGAUGACCGUUUGUACUUUAACUGCUGCUUCUCAUCCAUCCCCUGCUGAAAGAGGAUGAAAAUAACUGCUGUCUCUUCUUUGAGAGUAGUCAAAUUACAAACUUUACCCUUUCAAGCUGCUUUUGCUAUCUUAGUUCUAGUCCAUUGUCUUAAAGUCCUCUAAGUUGUCUGCUAAUCUAGGUUGGUAGUGUGUGAACCGUGACACUUGUUGUUUGGGAUGUGAGUUUUCUGGAUGUUGUGCCCCGCAUUUUAGUUAUUUUUGUCUGUGUAACUUAAUUUUCACUUGGGAAUAAUGGAAUUAAUUCAUAGCUGUAUUGUAACUCA